CGACGAGGCGGGCCAGACCCGCCCGGGUACGGGCUGGUCAUUUCUGUCCUGGUUUUUUGACAUCCCUACGCCCGAAUGCCCGAUCAUCCUCGCUGACCUACGGGUUGCUACCUCAAUCCCUCAUCGUCGUCAUCGGUAAUCGUCGAUCGACCAUCCUCAUCUUCCUCUAAGAUUCGACGUGUGCGGCUGACCGGCUGCUCCGACCUCUUCGUCCAAUCGCCUGUUCCCCAUCACUUCAGCCGCUUGAGAAGUUCCCCUUCCGGCUCCCUGUCUGCGUCGGCUGCGCAGUGCGCCGUGAUCGGCAUCUUGCUGACUCUUAGUGACUGAGUCUCUACCUGACUGCCUCGCUGGUCGCUGGUUUCCUAUUUGCAGGAAUGUAUUUCAAUUUUUCAGUAUUUUACGUUCAGUUUUGUUGUAAUUUAUUUAGUUCAGAUUCUUUCUGGAAUUUAAGGUAUGGAUUUUCCGAUUUUCAGGAAAGGAAUUUGAGUAUUCGACUGUUUUUGUGGUAUUCUAACUGUUUUUUCAGUCUUUUAGAUUGAUGGCUUGCUGAUUGCUGCCCUAGUUAUUUUCUGUUGGCUUUUACUCUUUCUAUGGCUUGCUAAGUUGCUGCCCUUGUAUGGUUUUUGUGUUGUCUUUCACUCUUUCUUGCUUUAGCAUAUCUGCCAAUGUACACAUUUACAAUUUACAUUUAGUAAUAAUGUAAACCUUUCUUGUGAUUUUUACAUAUUGUUUAGUUGUUGUUAGUCUCAUUGGUUUGAAUUCAGGAAAUGAAAACUGGUUUAUAGAGAGAUACUUUAACUCUGUAGAAGUAGGAGCUAAUGAAGGUAGCUCCCCCAGAAUUAUACUGCACUCUAGUACAGUUGAAGAAAACUUCAAAUAGAAAUGAAGACAAAAUAACAUAAAUGAAUACAAAUAUUUUGCACUCAGUUUUGACUAAAAAUCUUAUUCUGAUAAAACACUUGUAUUUUUUAUUUUUGUAUUUUACUUAUUUGUUGCAAUUGAUGUUAUUUAUACAUUAAAACCUGCCCCCCACUGGAUCCUAAAGCUAGACCCUCUGCUAAUAGAGGAGCUCCCUGAUAUCUGCUUGGCUUCAAUCUGUUCUCACUAUCCCCCACCGCUAUUUGAUGUCCGAUUCCUCCUCAUAGCCGCUCAAACCUUGAUUGUGCUGUGUGCAGGUCUAGCUCAGAAGGUAGAAUUAAUUAUAUUUACGGUUUUACCUUUUCCAUCAAUAACCUCUUGUCCACCUUUUUCUCCGUGUCUAAUUUAGGGGUUAUAAUGAAAGUUGAUGUUUAUUUUUGAAUUAUUGAAUUAUUGAAGGAUUUCACUCCCCGUGUAUUUUCAGAACAAAUAUAACUUUUCUACACUUAUUUUUGGAAUUUGGAAAUUCUUAUAAGUUUUUUUUCUAAGCUCUUAAAAUCAUUCAUACACACAUAUCAUUUAGAUUUAGACUUCUUUAGAGUAAUUGUUUUGAAGUGUUUUGUGCUUUCGUGUUUUUUGGUUACAUCCACUUAGCUUUGGUGUCAUUGUUUUUGGAAGACUUGAAAUUUGUGUUAUUGUCCUUCUUGAACCUUCUUUUUAUCAUGAUAUUUUGUUCCUUGAAUUAUUUCACACACACAUUAUACAUUAUACAUUAUACAUUAUACAUUAUACAUUAUACAUUAUACAUUAUACAUUAUACAUUAUACGUUAUACAUUAUACAUUAUAUGAGUGUAUAUAUCUAUGUGCUCUUUGUUUGUAGCUUAUUUUUGAAUUCUUAUUAAUUUAUUUGUAAACAUAUAUUCCAUAAACUAAAGCCAGAUGUUGAAUUGAAAAUCAGCAGAGUGGGAAAUCUAAUACAAUAGGUGCUAUGUUUUUAUUUUUGCUAGUUUACAUCAACAAUCUUGAAGAUUUUAAGACCAAACAUAAAGGCAUUUUCUUCUUGAUGAAUAAUGUACAAUUUGUAGAUUUCAUAUUUUUUUUACUCCAAGGGUUCUUUGGUGGUUCUCAUUUUGCAAAACUUUGCUACUAUUUAUAGGGGGAGUUUAUGGUGUUUUUGUGCCUCCACAUUUAUGGUAUGUCAGUAUGUGAUAUCAUAGCCUAGCACAUAGCUCAAGAAGCAGCUGCGUGAUAUCACACAGAACAUGGCCGUCUUGUUUUUUCACUAUUAUUCAUGUUUUUGUGGUUUUUUCACUAGGUUAAGGGGUAUUUAGUCCCAUGAAGCUUUUAGGCGGGACACUGUAGGAAAUUUCUUUUGCUUUUAUAUAAUAAUAAAUAGGUGGAUUAUGGUCUUCCGUUUCAAGCGUUUUAUAUCUUGUUAGAAAGUUAAUAUCGAGUUCUAAAACUCGUAUUCAGACUUCAUUUGCAAAAUAUUAGAGGAUUGGUAUGUGCUUUCUUUUCGAGCAUUUUAUAUCUUAUUGGAAAGAGCAUAACGAGUUUUAAAAUCAUAUUCAGACUUCAUUUACAAAUAUUAAAGGAUAUGUGGAUCUGUGUAAUUAUCCCCGGAAUUAAGUUUUUUUGGUUAUUCUAAAAAAAUAACCUCCUAUAGUAGGUCAUAUGCUAUAGACUAUAUAGAUUAAUGGAAUAUAAAUAGGUACUCUUUUCUAAAGUUGGUUUUCCUGUUUUUUUUCAUUUUUCAUUUCUUCCUCCAUGUCUCUAAUAGACACACAAUUUUAUUGCUUCAGGUUUCAUUUUGGCAAAGAGGAUCAUGAAUAUCACAACACUAUUCAGGAGGUUAAAUCUCAGAGAUUUGGUAUCAAGUCCAUCUCUCUACAGUUGUGGCAAGGAUGCAUCCGGAGAGGGACUGAGCUUAGUACUAAGGCGUUGGGCUACUAAGAAGACAGCAGGAUCCACAAAAAAUGGGCGUGACUCAAAACCUAAGAAUCUCGGGGUGAAGAAAUUUGGCGGAGAGAGGGUGAUUCCAGGGAAUAUCAUUGUUCGCCAAAGAGGAACCAGAUUCCAUCCGGGGGAUUAUGUUGGAAUUGGCAAAGACCACACGUUGUUCGCAUUGAAAGAAGGGUGUGUCAAGUUUGAGCGAAACAAGCUGACUGGACGCAAGUGGGUCCACGUGUUGCCCAAAGACGGCCAUGUGCUUCACCCCAUAUACUCAUCCACGGCAUCACCUCCUGAGCUGAAGACAGCUACUUAAGGUUAUGUGAAUGCGUGAAGUGACAAUCUUUUAACGAGAUUGUCAUGAUUUCUCUUUGACUGCUGUAUUUUGUAAUUGUGAUUGGAGCAGCAAUGCAAGGCUGCUCUGAAUUCUAUUGAAUAAUGGCAAAUUUUGCACAUAAGGAUCAAGUAGUUAUACCUCCUGUUUAGUUACAAGCUAAGCAAACUUAAACAGCAAUAGGAUGGAUUAUAUCCAAACUACUUGAUUUGAAAAACUUUCAAACU